GUGGGGUUCGUGAUUGGCCCGGCGGGGUGGUCCCGCCCUGCUCGUGAGCGGCGUCCUCGCUGUCGGUGUGAGGCGCGGCGGCGGCGGCUCGCUGUCGGUGAAGAUGCCGGUGUGGCGGCGCUGGAUCCGGCCGCUCGCCGUGCUGCUGUUCGUGCUCGUGCUCGCGGUGGCGCUGCCGCUGUGCGCGUGGGAGCUGCGGAGAGCCGAGGUGGGCACACACACUAAAGCAUGGUUCAUCGCAGGUGUGUUUGUGUGUUUGACGAUCCCUAUUUCACUAUGGGGGAUUUUACAACAUCUGGUUCACUACACACAACCUGAGCUACAGAAACCCAUCAUCAGGAUUCUCUGGAUGGUUCCCAUAUACAGCUUAGACAGUUGGAUCGCGUUAAAAUACCCCAAGAUCGCUAUCUACGUGGACACGUGUCGGGAAUGCUACGAGGCGUAUGUCAUCUACAACUUCCUGAUGUUCCUGCUGAACUUCCUGGAGAAUCAGUAUCCCAGUCUGGCGCUCAUGCUGGAGGUUCAGGAGCAGAGAGCCCUGCUGCCCCCGUUCUGCUGCUGCCCGCCCUGGGCCAUGGGAGAGGUUCUUUUGUUCAGAUGUAAGCUUGGAGUUCUGCAGUACACAGCAGUGAGGCCUCUAACCACCAUCAUCGCACUUGUGUGUCAGCUGUGUGGAGUUUAUGAUGAAGGUAAUUUCAGCUUCAGAAAUGCCUGGACGUACCUGGUUAUCGUCAACAACGCCUCACAGCUGUUUGCGAUGUACUGUCUGCUGCUGUUCUACCGAACGCUGAGAGAGGAGCUGAAGCCUCUGAGACCCGUCAGCAAGCUGCUCUGCGUCAAACUCGUCGUCUUUGUGUCCUUCUGGCAGGCUGUGCUGAUCGCUCUGCUGGUGAAGGUCGGAGUGAUUUCAGACAAACACACUUGGGAGUGGGACAGUGUGGAAGCUGUAGCCACGGGCCUACAGGACUUCAUCAUCUGUCUGGAGAUGUUUUUGGCGGCGAUCGCUCAUCACUACAGUUUCAGCAGUCGUCCGUACGUGCGUGAGGAUGAUGAAGGCUCGUGCUUCGACUCGUUGCUUGCCAUGCUGGACGUCUCAGACAUACGUGCAGACAUCGCAGAGCAAGUGCGCAACGCCGGCCGUACGGUGUUCGGUCGUCCUCGCAAGCUGUUCUUCGGCUCUGAAGGGGACGUGGUUCAGGGUGAGCACACCGGUCUCCUCGCUGAGACGCCCCACGAGCGCCACUCAGUCCCCGCCUCCCCGCAGGGGCGGUACCAGGGGCUGGGCUACACAGACACGCCCCACUCAGUCUCCGCCCCCGCCGGCUUCACAUCCUCGUCCUGGGAGAGUGACAGCGACUCGGCCCAUGCAGCGGCCAAUCAGAGCACAGGAACAGAGUCCUAACAAACGGUGCGGUGAGGCUACGUGACAAUACAGACAAUAAAUAAUAAUAAUAAUAACUGGAUGACAAAUAGUAAUCACUAAUUAUUAAAUAAUCUCUAUUUAAUUCUCCAUGAAAGAUUGAAGUAAAACAGCAUUUUUCUUCAGCAAACCUACUGGAACCAGUGUUAUUAUAGUAAUAUUUAUAAUGACAAAUAGUUUUCAAUAAUAUUUUGAAUUAGCUUUCAUUUUUAAAUACUUUUCUUUUUUUAAUAUGUAGACAUUUUAUGUGCUUUCGUCAUUUAUUUUAAUCACUUUUUUAUCAGUUUACUUAAAAUGUGUAGUGUAAAGAUUUGUAAUUUUAUUUUAUUUAAUCUUUAACAAAAGUGUUCCUAAUAGUUUUUAGCUUUUCAUAAUAACUCCGACUGAAACCCUGUAUUUGUUCAGAUUUUUAUAUUAUUAUUUAUUAUUUUGUCAGCUUGUCUUUUUAUAUUAUUAUUAUUAUUAUUAGGCCAUAAAAGUGCCAGAAAUGUAAAUCCCAGAGACUCUCAACACAAGGUGGAACUUGUAAAAAUCUUAUACAAAAUAAAUGUGUGCUUGAUGUCAGAUUGAUGUGAAAAAAAAUCUUCACACAGACCCAUAAAAUAAAGGAGCCCUGUUCUUAUUCUGUGCAAAUAUUGUAAACGUGUGUAAAUUGUUUAAUAUAUAUAUAUAUAUAUAUAUAUAUAUAUAUAUAUAUAAUUGAUUAAUUUCAUGAUGUGGCUCAAGAGCUUUAAUAAUAUUAAUAAUAUUGAUAAUCGUGUUAUUAUGGAAUUCAAAUGUGUGUGAAUGUUGUUUUUUCCAUUUAAGCUGCUUAUAUAAUUCUUAUUAUAUAUUAUAAAUACAUAUCACACAUACACGAAUACUGCAUACACCACAAACGGGUUUAUUUACCACCAGGGGGCAGAAUAAUAUUACAAAAUCUCAUAUUAAACUCGACCCAUAUUUCUGUUGUCCUCCUUGUGACUGGUUGUUCUGUAAAAAUGUGUACAAAACUUUACAUUGACAUAAAACACUUCAAAAAG